GUGACAGUGUUGGUGGAGUUCCUCAUAAACAACUGCUCAGAAAUAUUUGGGGAGAACAUUGCCUUGUCUGUCUGUGCCUCAGCUGAGGAGUCACCGGAGCACAUAGACAGCUCCACAGAACACCUAUGUGCUGCUCAUCAGACUGACUCUGCCUAUGACAGCCCAGAUCCUGAAGCUGAAGGCAGCCCCUGUACCACUCAGAUGGAGCAGCCCAAAGGGAGGAGCACUAGUGUGAGCAGAGGAUAUCCAACACACAUCUCUGCCCCUUCACUGACUAAUUUUGGAAAUGACGUCCACACAAUGGACAGGAGGUACUCAGAGCCAGACCUGUCCUUCCAGAACCACCUUGAAGUCGGGAUAAGUAAACAGAAGCUAAACAAAAGUGAGGACAAUUUUCCAGUCCAGCAGAAACAGCUAGGUUUGGAGGCACUGGAGAAACAGCUUGCAACCUUACCUUCACAAUUAUCAUCUGACUCUCUACCCAAAACAUCUUCCAGUUGCUCCCUGGAGAGCUCUGAUGGCUCAGUCUUCACCAGCUCCCCAGUAGUUUCGCCCACUAGUCCCAAAAAAACCUUUUUAAAUAGGCCCCAGUCCUUUUCCACCAAGGCUACUGAAGACUGCAUUAUGCCUAGCAGAGACAUCAAAAAGCAUUCCAUGUCAUUCUCUUUUGCAAACCGUAGGAAAACACUAAUAAAAACCCAGAGUUGGGGGCCUGGAAAAAACAUGGGUUUUCAGAGAGACAGUUUCAUAAAGAAAGAAGAUCAGUUCUCUGGCAGAGUUGUCCAGGAGAAUAGCCAUGAUGAUGACAAGCCAUUGCCUGUGGCAAACCAGCAAAGGUCCCGUUUCAGGUCAGCUGAUGAAGUGUUCAGAGAGGUAGACCAGAGGAAUCCUGGAAGACCACCAUCUUACGAAGAGGCUACUAAAAACUGCCUGGUCACUGAAGUUCCCUCCCACAAUCUCACGGUUCAAACUAUGAGAUUAAAGGUGUCAAACCAGGACGCUUUGCUGCCUCAUCCAUGCAGCAGCUGCACACAGGACACAGCAUAUAUGGCUCUAAGGGAUCUACCCAGUGGCAGAGUUUCUGCAGCAAAGGAUUCUGAUGUGGAAACUGAAACCCUCAGCGUCACUGUGGGAAUAAACUCCCGUGUGAGUUUACCCGUGACCCCGGGAGUCUACCGAUUGAGAGCCAUGUCUGAAUCCUGUCAAAAGAACAAACUUGAGUAUGUGGCUCGGAGGUGCAGCCAGCCAGUUUUUGAGGUAGACCAGAUCCAGUAUGCCAAGGAAUCCUACGUUUAA